ACCUCAUCAUUGGCCUCCUCCAUGGCCCGCCCGCCAUUUUAAGCGCUGGGGAUGGCCGCCAAUGGGACCGGCAUCUGCGGGCUUCUGACCAAUGUGAAGCUCGCUGGCUGAUCAGGGGUGCCCGAUGAUCUCCUCUCUCGGAGCCCCGAGAUGUCGCAAGCGCGGCUAUCUUGCAUCGGCGCAACGCUCGCCACGAUAAUUUUGGACAUUAGCUUUCUUCCCCAUGUGUUUUCAAGAUUAUGUGCCGUGUCUAGACACGGCACACGGCGCGUAGCCAGGCUGUAGAGAGGUUGUAUAUGUACGCUUCAUGAUCGCACUUUCGUAGGUCUGUGAUACAGGAAAACCACACAACUCCCUGGCUGCCAUCCCGCUUUCUCUUUUCUUACGUGUUUUCUUUCCUGGAGAUCGUUUCUUACAUUACGUCUGGUCAUUCUUCACUUGUAAUUACACCUCAUUUUACGACAAUAUUCCACGACUUUCCCUACAGCCAUGUCUUCCGAUCUCAAGAACGUCACGCAAACCUCGGACUUCGAGGUCGAUUCUGAUGACGCUCACUACCCUUCACACACACGUCUUCUCAAGACAGUCGAUACUGCAAGAGUCAGCUUGACGGCUGUGGCCCUUCUUGUGAGCAUCACCAUCCUUGGUACAUCAGCAGAUGCCCUGGCUGUCUACGAUGCCACCUCCGUACCAGCCGGCUUCAUGCUUCCGCUGUGGCCGGACGCCUUCGACUUGCGUCCAACAGUCGCGCUCGUGGUUGGGAGCUCUCUUCUCAUAAUUGUCAAUCUCGUGUCUCUCCUUUUCAGUCAAGUUCAAAGUACUGACAUCAAAAAGCUGCGUGGUCAAACUCUCAUCCACAACUCAUUGGCAGUAGCCGCCCCGUCGGUUGGGCUGGUGGCAUCGAUCAUUGCCAUGUCCUUCUUCUACAGCAUCAACGCGUCGAUCACGGUCGACACACUACAGAGCUGGAGCUGUCGCUGGUCCGAUGUUGUGAUGAUGACGAGGCCGCAUUUCGGCACUCUAUGCAAGCAAAGCAAGGCGGGCCUCUACCUGUCCAUCCUGCUGAUCCCGAUCGAGGCCAUCAUCGUGGGAAUGGGCGGCUAUCAGAUGAUGCUGGAACGGACCAUUAGCAAGACCAAUAGAGUGGUACUGGAGCAGCGCAAGUCUGGCAGCCCGGUGCCUUCAUCAGUCCGCGACGUCGAGGGCGAUCAACACUGA